GGUAACCUACAGAGCGAGGCCCAAACAGUGCCUUGCAUCUGCUCUACUGAACACUGCACCUUUGUCACUGGUUCAUCUUACAAAAGCUAGAAAAGAAUGUGAAACAUGUCAGAAACAAGAGUAAGUUAUCAAUAAUUCAAGGAUUUUAAAUUACUAUAGAGUAGAAGUGAAAAAAAUCUUAGGUGAACUUUAAGAAAAUCUAUUAGAAUUGUAUAAAAGUAACCUUUUUAAAACUGAAGCACAACUGAACACAAUGUAAGAAUAGUAAACUUUAUGUUACUAGUGUGAUACCAAUGAGGAUAUUUUCAUACAAGAGGGAUACUGGCUAAAUGAAAAAGAAAAGAAAAAUAGAAAACAACUAAAAGUGUCAGUCCUUAAAAAUACAAUCAAAAAGAAUUUCCAAAUUGUGAGAACUCAGUGAAAAUAUGCAUCUAUAGUGACAAAACAGUCAAGGUGAAACCUAUUCAAGCCUUGAUAAUGGCCAGUGUGUGCCGAGUGCCUCAGCAGAUGUUUGGUACCCAGUGAAAGCCAUUCACGAGCCAGCUUAUUCCUCCUUCAGAUAGUAAUUUAAUCCUCAGUACUCCAUGAUGUCCUUAUGCUCUAUGAGAGGGCAUUACAUGUACUACAAUAUAUUCACUGCUUCAUACUAAGAAAUUUCAUAAUUCACUUCAAAACACAAGAAAAUAUAUAGGUAAUUAAUAAAUAUAAAGUGAGAAAAACUUCAUAAAAGAACCUAAUGAUGAGCCUGGAGGACAACACAGCCAAGUCAUUCAGCAACCUCAUUCACAAGGCUGAGCUCAGCAUCCAUCUCAUCCUGGAGCUACUGCCAUCCCUCCCUCCAAAGCCUGGAGGUACAGGAGAGGAGGAGGGUGGGACAGGAGAGGAGUGGGGUGAGGAGCGUGUGCAUAGCCUGUCAAUUCGCAAGCUGCAUGAGGAUCUGCGCUGCAUAGGGCAGAUGUUUAGAGACGUGGCGGAGGAGCUGCAGACACAGCACUCCUUCACAUCCCUGGAAAAGUGUGUUGCUGUGGAGAAAGAAGAACAGCAACGUAAAGCAGAGUUCAUUGCCUUGCUGCAGGGACAGCGCUGGCGGGCACGGCAGUUUGGACAGGGCAGCCGCCUCCGUGGUCUCCAGCAGGAGUUACUUGCUGUGCAGGAAGACACCCACAACUUAAUAAGGGAGAAGGACAAGGAAAUCUCUGAGCUCCUGGCUGCCAUUGCUGAUGCUCAGAGGCUCAACCCACGGCGAGAAGAAUAUGAGAAGAAGGCAGCUGAGGUACAGCUGGAAAACUUACACUUCCUGCUGGAGCGCGAGGAGCGAAUCACCUGCCAGGAGAGUGCAAGGGUGGGCCGAGAAAUUCCCCAGGAAGUGAGAGUCCAUGCAGCACUCACCAGCUUUUUACAGGAAAGCUGUGCCCGGCUGGAGGCUCGCACAGAAGAGUGGAGGCAGCGGUUUGCCUCUCAUGCAGAAGAGAAGGGACAGGAGGUGGCUAAGUGGAGAGCAGAGGUAGAAGGGGUGCAGGAGAAAUUGGCAGAAGUGACACAGCAGCAUGAUGAAAUGAAGGAGGUGGUGGAGCGCCAUGAGGCUGAGGAGGAGGCAGCACGCCACCGCAUGGAGGAAGAGAAGCAGAAGAAUGAUGCAGCAGCCAAGAUCCAGGCAUGGUGGCGUGGCAGUGUGGUCAGGUGGGGCCUCAGCGCCUCACUUAAGAGGAAAAACAAGAAGGGCAAGCCACCCAAGAAAUAAAAAAAUCAACUAAAAUAUAGAAGUAAUAAAGAUAAUACAGUUAAUGAAUGCAUUUUGAAAAUACAGUAUGACAACUGCAAAAAACACAUGGAUUGAAUUUGAAAUAUUAAAUUAUAGAAGUAUAUAAGUGAAGAAAUAAUACUGAUCAAAUCAUAAAAUAAAAUACAAAGCAACCCAGUAAGUCCUUAAAUUAGAUUAUUUUCCAUGUACAAGUAGAUGUCUUAUAUUAAUUGCUGGGAUUCAUUAACAGACAGACUUUAAAAUUCCAUAUGAAAAUAAAGAUGAGCAGUGCA